AUGACGGCCAGUGGAUGGGCAUCCCCUGCUUCGGUUCUUGGGGUGGUCUUCACCUUCACCCCGCUCGCAGCUAUUUGCGUGGGUCUUCGGCUCUGGACUCGCAUCUCCAUCGUGCGAUCACCUGGUUGGGACGACCUUUGCAUCGUAAUCGCCAUUUGCUUCACACUCGUGGAUGCCAGUUGCCAAGUUGUCAAAGUGCACUACGGCCUGGGCAAGCAUGCAAGCGAGCUGACCCCUUAUCAAACAUAUCAUAUCGAGAGGGCCUUUUGGGUCGCCACUUGGAAUUACUACCUUGGACUCGGUUUUGCGAAGCUGUCUAUCGUUUUGCAAUGUCUGCGCAUCUUUGGUCGUAGCCCAAGAUUCUGCAUCGCAGCCUACACCUUGGGAUCCAUUAUCGCGGUAAGGGACCAUAGCCUUACAUUUCUAAACAUGGACUGACUCCCAAACUAGGUGUUCACCCUGUGGACGGCUUUUCAGUCGAUAUUCAUAUGCUGGCCGAUCCCUCAGUACUAUCAUCUUACGUUCGCCUGGACAGAUCAGCUGCUGAUUGUCUCCACAGCUUUUGGGACCGGGAAGUUCCAGGGAAGUGCUUGCCCCGUCUAGCACUAUGGUAAGCUGGAUCAAGAAGCAUCAGGCGGAAAAUGUUGGAAUGGAGCAAGCUGACCUUGCCUGUUGUGUCAGGUUCUUCAACGCUGCCUUUUCGAUCGUUACCGACACGGCGACUGUCAUCCUGCCGAUGCCAAUUGGUAAGAACAAGAUCAAGCCCUUGCAGCAUGUCUUUGUGUUGCGUAUCUGUCUCGUAAACGAUGAAUUCGUACCCAGAAGAUUUGCUUUGCCCGAUUGCAAGUAACUCGAACAUCCCUAACGCUAUCUACGCCAGUCAACAAGCUCCAAAUGCGGACAAAGGAGAGAAGAGUCGUCCAAGCCGUGCUCGCACUUGGUGUAGUCAUCUGUACAGUGUCCUGCGUCCGUUUCUACGGCCUCUACGCCAUCGCCGUCAGCAACGAUCCAGCACACGACAACCCUCAAGUCGCCAUUCUGUCGAACCUAGAGGCCUCCGUGGGCAUCAUUGCCGCCUGCGUUCCGACACUGAAGGGCUUGGUCACUCGCUACUCUCCAAAGAUCUGUACGACACGAGGAGACUCGUCGACCGAUCCCGCUUCGGUCGAGCUGAGUGCAGGCAAGUCGCAGGCAAGCUACACGGUGCUUAUAGAAAGAGGCAAUGCGAACCGAUUGUCGCGACUGGCAGGCAGGUCUGUUCCAAGAGCAUGUGUCGCGGAGACAGAUGACUCUCAGUGGGAUACUCCCAGACAGCUUUCGGACGUGUCAAUGCAGGACCACGGCGAAGAGAAUGAGAUCCGAGUCGUGACCACGGUUGAGCAGUCAGAGCGAGAUCGAGGGCUUGAGUGA